AUGGCGGACGAAGACGAGGAAGAUUAUAUGUCGGACAAAUUUUUGCUAAGUACGACUGAUAACAAUCCAGGUUUAGUUCCAGACAAAAUAGCAAAGAAGUAUAGGAGAGAGAUGAAGCAUAAGGAGUUGAAUCAGCGAAACAAAAUGAAACCGAUGAGAGAAAGGGAGAUGGAACAUCGUGAACAGGGUCUAGCAAAUGCUUUAGACAGCAGUAAUAAAGGAUUCGCUAUGCUACAGAAAAUGGGAUUCAAAAAAGGAAUGGGCUUGGGAAAAGAAGGGACUGGAAGAGCUGAACCUAUACCAUUGACUGUUAAAGCAGAUCGUGGAGGCCUUGGGCGUGAUAUGCUCUUAAAAAGACAGAGAGAGGUGAAAGAGGCAUUAAAACAUGAAACUGCAAAGAAAAGAGUGAAGAUUGAGGAGAAGCAGAGAGACAACUUCAGAAAACACAUGAGUGGCAGGUUUGCCGAGAGGCAAACAUCAAGUGAUUUAUAUAAGAGCCAAAAAGCAUGUGAACAGCUGGACAAAUCAAAGGACUUACCUUGUGUCGAGAAGUGGUUUUGGCCACAGGAGGAAACAAAGGAAGAUGACGAGGAUAAGGAAGAAGAUGAAGAAGAAAAUGAUGAGGAAGAGGAGGAAGAGUUGGAGCCAUCAGAGAAGCUCAUACACCUAACAAUGUACUUGAGAAGAACUCAUCAAUACUGUAUUUGGUGUGGGACCAAGUAUGAUGAUGAUCAGGACAUGGCCGACAACUGUCCGGGAGAUUCAGCACAAGAUCAUGAAUAACAAUCAUGAAGGAAGAAGGGAAAAAACCAGGUUAUUUUAUAGAGUCCAUCAAAUUUGUGUUAAGAUUUUCAUCACGAUGACUUUCGAACGAAUACCGGUGGUAAUGAAUGUUACGACCAUACUCGUCAGAGAAAAUACCGAUUGUCGUUGUUCACGCCCGAAUGGGUAUUCACGACCGAAGUCGAUCGUAACCGAUCACUGGCGAUCAGAACUUGAUGGCAGGUUGCGAUUAUAAUUGAGAGAGGCGAUUGUUCACGAAAGUAAUCGCAUGGCUAGCGACAGCUAGACUACGGGGACAAGUGAUGGAGAAUAUAAGGCUGACAGGGUUCUCAUUGACGAUGGACAAACU